AUGCCGCGCGAACGGUCACGAUCUCGCUCACCCGGCGCCGACUCGCGCUCCGGUCCUCACGCGACGCUCCUGCGCUACGGCGUGGGCGAGAUUGGCGAGGACGACUACUACGUGCGAUCGGCCGAGUUCAAGGCGUGGCUGGCGGACACGAAGCGCAAGUACCUCGACGAGAUCUCGAGCCGCGAAGCACGCCGGUAUUUCGAAAAGUUCAUACGCCGCUGGAACGACGGUCGUCUGCCGGACGACUACUACAAGGGCACCAUCCGUAGCGCCGCCACUUCCGCGGGCUCGUCCAGCCAGACUCGGCACCGAUGGGGAUUCACCAGCAAGCCGACGUACACGGCGGCGGAGCAGGAACAGCUCGCCAUGGUGAGGGACAGUGUGGACACCUUGACCAACAGCUCGACGCGCGGCGCUGUAGAGGCUCGAGACGCCGAACGCCGCGUCCGGCGCCGUACACAGGAGGAGGCCGAACCGGCUCCAGCACGCGAUUCUGGAUGGGCCUCACGUUCGGGCGCGGGCAAGAGCAGUGCAGAUGCGCAGCUGGACCGCGAACAUGCGGCAGACAUGGAGCGUGUGGCACGCAGCCAAGCACGCCAGCGAGACCGACACCAACGCCAGGACGAAGACGACUCGCUGCAUGGCCGGGCAACUGGCCGCGAGAGGAUGCUGGAGAAGAAGCGCGAACGUAGUGCAGCCCAUCGCGACUUUGCCGAACGUCGUGCGGCGGACGAUGGGAUCGAGAUGGACGACCGAGAGCUCUACGACGAUCCCAAGCCGCAACAACGUGCGAGCCGAGACGGCGGCAGUCGCGGUCCGAGCCGGCGCGAACAGCAACGACAACAGCGCGCCGAAGAACGCAGGGCCGACAUGGACGAAAAGGUCUCGGCACUGCGCGAAAAGGACGCAAAGACCAUGGACAUGCUCAAAGCCCUAGCCGCCGAACGCUUCGGCAGCUGA